GGUACAGAUCUUCCCACGGGGAAUUCUUGUACGAGCACGGUCACUUUCCCAAUAUAUCCUUCCCUCAACCCGGGCACUGCGGCGACACAGCCAUAACACUGCUCAGAGUUUCACUGUGUUAAGGAGUAUUUGUGUUAAUGACCGGCACCAUGAUGCGAAGUACGGCUCCUGUAGAUACAGAGAUCGACCUCGGGGACGACAGCAACAGCGAGGACAGCGAGGGAAAGCAGCCGUGGAAGACACAGCUGGAGACGGUCAUGGAGGAAGAAGAAACGGAGGAAGAGGAGGACCUGGUCUCGACGCAGAGUGACACGAGGCCUCUGAUCAACGAGAGAGACCCACGACAGAUGAACGAAUGCCUCAAGGUGAGCUUUGAGGACGUGAUAGCCGAGCCGUUCUCUGUGCGCAGUGGAGACCGGGUGUGGUUCUGGAGUAACGCACUCUUCGAGGUGUCCCGGGUUUGGUUCUAUCGCAUCGGCACCGCGGUGCUCGCCAUCCCCUUCUCCGUCAUUGCCGGAGUUCUCUUCGCUUUCCUCACCUGCCUUCACAUCUGGCUUCUCACGCCAUGUGUUAAGGUGAUCUUCAUGAACACCGGUCGGCUGGAGAUGCUAUGGAGCAGCCUUCUGGACAUCUUCGUCCUCCCUGUCUACCACAGCGUCUCCAAGUGCUGCAGAAGCGUCAGCGUGCGCUUCACGCGUGAAUGACAAUCUCCGUCCUGGACCAUUUAUAUCUUAACAAGAGCUCCCAGAGAAGAGACACAUUCACCAGAAGCGUGGUAGUGACGGGAGUCUUACAAGGAAUAACCAGAUAGGACUGGGGUCAGUGGUGUGUUGGGGGAAAAAUACAUAAUAUACACUCAGCAUCAGGACAAGAAAAUGUCACGAUCAUCCUCUACCUACAGUAUAUCGGUUAUAUCCGAAAGCAUCAUCCGAUCCCAGGAUGCACUGCAGAAGGAUGCUGUCCACAGGGCUGGUGCUAUUAGCGAUGUAGAACUUCAUAAUAAUUUAUAUUUAUGGUGGUGAAGCACGUUAUUUUCGUCCCACUUUACAUACAAGUCUAAAACCUGAAAGACUUUCUAACAUUUCAGAUUGUUGAAUAGAUUCAUGACAUAGUGAAAGACAAUGAAGCUUUGCUCCUGAUAGCAGGUCUUUAAGGUAUCUGCAUGGACUAUUGAAUACUUCGGUAUUUUUGACCAAUUCAGAUUUUAAAAACUACACGCUAUAACAAUAUAAAUACCGGCUGUCAUUUUUUCAUCUUUUUUUGUAUUGCUGUACGUUUCAUAAGCUGUAGGCUAUAAUGUUAUAGAAAGUGGGGAAAGGUUUAUCCGUGCGUUUCAUUGUUUUUCAUUCAAAUAGGGGCCGUGACACGUUUUAUCCCAUCUAUUGAACUAAAUGAAGCACCUUUUGUUUGGAAAAAAAAAUGCUAAUUAUUCUGCACUAUUCCAGGCCUGAUUAUUCGUAGCACACCAUUUUUAUGCAAAUGUGUGGCUAUUGAGCCGGGAGAGCUGGUCCUGUGGGUGGAUAUUGUAUGAUGCCUCCAUUUUUCUGCUGAUCUGAGGACAGUUUUGACAGCAUGAUAAUGAGGCGAGGCUUGAACAUGAGAACAAAAAGGAACAACAUCAAAAUCAAGGCUCGUUUUAGGGACAUGGCGUUCUCCACAACCCUGAACAGAAUAACCACGUUCAUGUACGACACGUCUCGAUCUUCUGAUCAACACCCUCUAGUGUCAGGAAGAGGAAACUCGAUGUGAGACAAACUUUUGUGGUACAAAACCCAAAACUUUUUG